GGAGAACAUAAAAUGCCAAAAUGGGAAGGAAAAUUCCACCAAAAUAAAAGACGGUAGGAAAGCACAAAUCCAGUCUAGAAGUAGUUAGUUCCGAAAACAGGUGCGUGGUUGAGCUGAACGGAGAAGAGAGAGAUGACCAAGGACGUCAACUCAGCCACCGCCGGGGACGGCUCGACGGCCACGGAAACAAUCGCGAGGAACAUUCCUCUUCAAUACGUCAAUACGGUAAAUAGAUUCUUCACAAACCUCGGAGUCUCCGAUCCUGCCGUCGAGAAGUACACAUCCACCACCGACUCCUACUCCGAUAUCAUCCGCGGCCUGCUCAACGUCCACGCCGUUGAACGCGGCCGGAUCUCUUGCUCCUUCUCCGUCCUCCCCGUCGUAGCUAAUUUCUACAAAGGACUGCACGGAGGGGCCGCCGCGGCAGUGGCGGAGAGAGUGUCGAUUGCCUGUGCAAGAACCCUAGUGCCGGAGGAGAAGGAGCUGUUUCUAGGUGAAUUGGGCAUUUCUUACCUCUCCGCCGCCCCUCAAAAUGAGACGGUGACGGUUGACGCGUCGGUGGUGAGGAGCGGAAGAAACUUGACGGUGGUUUCGAUGGAGUUCCGACAGAAGAAAACUGGGAAGCUCAUGUUCACUGCUCGGGCUACUUUCUAUCACCUGCCUGCCUCCAAGUUAUGAAACCGAAAACAGAAGACGCAGUAAAGAAAUGCGGACCAUUUGCUCCAUUUCAUAACUUACAAUUUGCC